AUGUCAUCAAUUACAUUAAAUAUAUCAUAUAAAGGAUCUACCAAGAAGAUCACAACUACAAAAUCAACAACCAUUUCUCAAUUGACUUUAAAUGUUCUUUCUAAUUUUAAAAUAUCAAAAGAUGAUUAUAUUGGAAUUUUAAAUUAUAAUCAAAAAUCACUUGAUUCUUCAUUACCAAUACGUUUAACUCCUUUAAUUAAUAAUUGUAAAUUAACUUUAACUUUAAAGAAAUUAGAUAUAAAUAAUCAAAUUAAUAUUCGAUUAAUGCAUCCUGAAUUAGGAAAUCAAAUUAAAUCAUGUUCAAUUGGAAUUAAUUUAUUCGAAGUAUUACAAUUAUUUCAAAUUCAAAAUUUAGAAAAUAGUCAAUUACGUAUCUUAAAUUCCUAUUUUACUAAUGAUCAAUAUGAUCUGACACGAUUGGGUGAUGUCAUUGGUGAUUCCCCAAGUGUGGUUAUUCGAUUUGAAAUUAUUAAACUGGCAAAUGAAAAGGAAAAGAUAUUGAAACAACAGCAGGAAUUAAAUAGAUUGCAAUUAGAAGAGCAAAAGGAGAGACUUAGGAAACAAAGAGAGCAAGAAGAAGAAGCACAACAGCAGCAACAAAUAGAAAAAGAACAAGAACAAGCGAGAAUUGAACAACAAGAUCAGAUGGACAUUGACCAAGAAAAGGAACAAGAUGAAAAGUAUCAACAUGACGACUUGCCGAUUGAGAUCGAUAAACCAGCAGUGGAAUCUAACGAAGUUGAUAAAGGUCUAGUCGAUCAAGCCAACCAAGAAGAAUAUACAUACACUGAACCUGAACUUCAAAAACAACCUCAAUUAUACAUGCCAAAUCCAAAUACAAAUCAUUCCUCCCAAACUUAUGAAAAUCCGGAUGAAGAUUAUCAAAUGACAAUUUCUCAAGCUAAAACUUAUCAUAAUAUUAUUAAAAAUACAAUUGCUGGUAAAAAUAAAUCAAAAUCUCCCAUUAAUGGACCCGAUAAAACGCCAAAGAAAUAUUUGAUUAGAAUAAAAUUCCCUGAUAAUUCAAUUCUUCAAAUAAAUUAUCUUGAAGAUGUUUCAAGUAUAAAAUUUGGACAAUUAAUUAAGUCAAUUGAUGAGUUAAUUUUACCUCAAUAUAUUGAUUUAUAUGAUUUAAAAUUAGGAUAUCCUCCUUUUACAAAAUUAACUCAAACAUUUAAUGCCAAUAAUGAAUUUCUUUAUAAUAUGCCUGAUUUUCAAUCAAAUGAAACAAUCACAUUAAUUUGGCAAUUAAUUAAAAAUGAUUUAAAUAUAAAUAAAGGUCCAUUUGUUAAACAACAGAAUGUAAUAAUUAAAACAAGUGAAGAUUUACCAGAAAGAGUUUUAGAAAGAAAAAGAGGUGAAUUACCUGAUGAUGAACCAAAAAUUAAGAAAUCACAAACUUCAAGUACAAAAAGUAUUGGUAGUAGUACCACCUCCUCCUCAUCCACGGGCUCCUCCAAUUCUAAAUCGAUUUUACCAAAAUGGUUUAAAUUAAAUAAGAAAAGUUCAUAG